AUGGCUGAAAAUGAAGAUGGUCUGUGUGACAUAUCGGAGCUGCAGAUUUCGCUUGAUUCGCUUCGCCCAGAUGAAAACGUGGAAUCGACUCCUGUAGGCUCACCACGGGAGAUCUCGCCAAAUGCUAAAGUGGUGCGAACUCUACAGUUCACGGAUACGGAGAGUCUUUCACGUGUCAACUCGAUCGAGAGCAAGUUAUCGUCAGUGCUCGCCCUAGAGCCGUCAUCUCUCAAGCAGCAAUUCGAUGAGCUCGUCUUUGAAAUGCCAGAAAGCAAGGACUCAGAAACACUCGAGAAACUCGCCCAUGCCGAGCAUAAGAUUAUCGAACUGCAGCAACAAAUACUCAAACUUGAACAGUCGCUUUUUCUUGUCAAUCAGAACUGUGCCAAGAAAAAUCAAGUCUUGAAAUCGGCCACGAACAUGCUUUCGGCCGCCAAGAGUAUAUUUCUUGACGAGAAUGAGAAAAACCAAUCGAAGAUUAUUCAGCAAGACAAUGGCCUGAAAGAAAUGAUGGAGAUUCUUACCGAGCUUGAAAACGACUACGCGAGUUUGAAGAUCGAAAAAGAAAACCUCGAGUUUAAAUUAAAUGAAGUAACUGUAGAAAGACAGCAUUUGCAGGAGCAGCAUGAAGAAGGGAAAACUGAAAGGGCAAAUAUUGAAAAGGAUAACAAAGACCUUACUCAACAGCUCGACACAUUGAGGAAAGAGUCAACAGAAGAGCGAAGUUCUCUCAAUCAGAAAAUUGCCAAUCUCAAGAAAUUGCUCGAAUCUGAACGAUCAAAAGUCGCCAACUUUGAACGUUGCAAUAAAGAAGCGCAGAAGAAAACGGCGGCGGUGCAGCACCAGUUCGAACUUUUAAAAUUUCAAACAGAUCAGGCGAAGUCAGCGCGAGAGCAACACCUCAAAGCUACGCAAAUCGAAAAGGAAAAGAUAUCCAAAGUCAAAGCGGAAUUAGAAGCGAAAGUCAGAGACUUUGAAAACGAGCUUAAAACAGCUCGCAGCGAAAAAUGCGAACUGGAUCACUCCCUUGACAAGUGCAAAAAAGAGCUUAAACAGAGCAACGAACUGAAUGAACAGCUGCAGAAUAAAAUCAAGGAGGAAAAGUCGGCGAAAGGAGCGGAACUCCAGAAGCAGGAAGCGUAUCAUGCGGCUUUAAUUCAAAAACGCCUUGCUGAAUCGACUGCCCGUCAUAGCCAAGCUGAAGAAGCUCUACAAAACGAAUUCCAUGGUAAAGAACUGCAGCUUAGAGCUGAAAUCGAUGCGUUACGACGAGCUCACAUACAGGAGCUGGAGGAUGUAAAGAAAUCGAUGCGCGAAGCUGUUAACCAGCAGAUGAAGCAGUUCUUACAGAACCAUUACACACAAGGGCUAAAUGCUAUAGGAGUGAGUGACCCCAGGAUGAAUGACGUUAAUAUGAUGGAUAUUUCACCCAUGCCUUCGAUUCCCCAAAUGCAGUCGACUCCCGACAUAAGACGGCGUAGUUCCAGUCCUCUCAUGCGCCCAGGAAAUGUUCCAAGCUUACCAGACAUGUCUAGGAUCGAUAUUCCUCAAGAUGAUUCUCCUAAAAGUGCGCUCUCUGAACGUGAACUAAUGUUACGUAGCAUGCUCCAGAAAGUCCUAGCGUCACAAGCGCCAGAAGAGCACGCGAGAAAGCCCGUCGCAGCAGGAGACAUGUUGAAAACGAACUCAAAUCCAAACCUAAAGAGCCAACUUCACACGCUUUUACGCUCAGAGACACUCUCGCAGAAAGAAAGAAAAUCUGUUGAGAAGUUUUGUAAAAUUCUUGAUUCUAAAUGA